CACCCCCUCCCACUCUCCACCAACAAAACAAAACUUCUGCAUUACUCUCUCACUCUCUUUUAGGCUCACUCACCAACACUUUUUUCACUACUUUCAUUACGAACGUAUAUUAUAUGGCUCCUGAACUUGUCCCCACCGUUGCGUUCACGAAACCCGCAACCCUUCCAAGGCGUGCCUACGUGACAUUCCUCGCCGGAAACGGUGACUACGUGAAAGGGGUCGUUGGUCUUGCCAAAGGGUUGCGAAAGGUGAAAACCGCGUACCCAUUGGUGGUGGCGGUCCUCCCAGAUGUGCCGGAGGACCACCGUAAGAUCCUGGAGUCUCAGGGCUGCAUCGUCCGCGAGAUCGAACCCGUUUACCCGCCCGAAAACCAAACCCAGUUCGCCAUGGCUUAUUACGUCAUUAACUACUCCAAGCUCCGUAUAUGGGAGUUUGUGGAAUACACCAAGAUGAUAUACUUGGACGGAGACAUUCAGGUAUAUGAGAACAUAGACCACCUAUUUGACCUACCUGGUGGUUACUUUUACGCUGUGAUGGAUUGUUUCUGCGAGAAGACAUGGAGUCACACCCCUCAGUACAAGGUGGGGUACUGCCAGCAAUGCCCGGAGAAGGUGCAGUGGCCCACCGAAUUGGGCCAGCCACCUUCUCUUUACUUCAACGCCGGCAUGUUCGUGUUCGAGCCCAGCAUCGCCACCUACCAUGACCUAUUAAAAACAGUGCAAGUCACCACUCCCACUUCGUUCGCAGAACAAGAUUUCUUGAACAUGUACUUCAAGGAUAUUUACAAGCCAAUCCCUUUAAAUUACAAUCUUGUCCUUGCCAUGCUCUGGCGCCACCCAGAAAAUGUUAAAUUAGACCAAGUCAAGGUUGUUCACUAUUGCGCAGCGGGGUCGAAACCGUGGAGAUAUACGGGGAAGGAAGAGAACAUGCAGAGGGAGGACAUAAAGAUGCUGGUGAAAAAAUGGUGGGAUAUCUACAAUGAUGCUUCGCUUGACUACAAGCCAUUGAUGAGUGCAAGUGAAGCUCCAGCACCGGAUGGUGUUGACAAUAUUGAACCAUUCGUGCAGGCUCUGUCAGAGGUUGGUCAUGUUCAAUAUGUCACUGCGCCCUCAGCAGCUUAAAAAAACAAGGAAGUGAAAAAAAAUAUAUAUAUAAAAAAAGAAUUGUGAAAAGAGAAGGUAGAAAACGAGGAGGAGUAGGUGGAAGACUUUGCGGUCAAAACAAGGGAGGUUUCUUUCUUUCUUACUUUUUGGUGUAGUUAUUGGGAGCAGUCGUGGCUUGCUUUAGAAAUUGGACCUCUCCAGCUUUUAUGUAUAUUUGUUUUCUUUAAUUUUGCUCUUUUGGAAUAUUCUUAAUCUUUGGUGGGUCUGUUCAUAAGAGUCUGUAUCUGGUCUUGGUCUACAAGUAUAUGUGUUUAAUUUAUGUAUAUUUCUGUUGUCUCCUUAAUUUCCUUUGGUUGGACUUUGCCAUUGUAAAAAUACUUUUAACUUUUAAGGCAAUGCUUAAUGAUUAAGGGAAAUGAUGUCCUUUUUAUGGUGUAAA